AUGGAGGCUCACGACGCGGCCGUCAGGAGCAUCGCAGCCCAGGUAAAGACGUUUCACGAAGCGCAAAAGCCCUUCCGCAUCUACCAUGGCUCAACAAACAGCACGCGCACCUCGCGGCGCCGCGCCGACAACACCAUCGACACCAGCCGUCUCAACCACGUCCUCUCCGUGAACAAGACGGCCAUGACGGCCCUCGUGGAGCCCAAUGUGCCCAUGGACGGCCUCGUCGACGCCACGCUGAGGCACGGGCUCAUCCCGCCCGUGGUGAUGGAGUUUCCGGGCAUCACCGUCGGGGGAGGCUUCUCCGGGACGUCGGGCGAGAGCAGCUCGUUCCGCUACGGCGCCUUCGACGCCACGUUUGACUCGAUUGAGAUUGUGCUGGCGGACGGGCGCGUCGCCCGGGCGUCCCGGACAGAGAAGAGGGACCUGUUCUGGGGCGCGGCGUCGGCCUUUGGCACGCUUGGCGUGGUGACGCUGCUGGAGCUCCGGCUGCGCCCGGCAAAGAGGUACGUGGCCCUGCGGUACGAGCUCUCGCGAGGUGCCGAGGCGUCGGUCCGCCGGAUGCGGGAGCAGUGCGACACGCCGGCCAACGACUUUGUCGACGGCAUCGCCCUGGACGCCGGCGCGACGCUCAUCUGCACGGGGAGGCUGACGGACGAGCUGCCGGCCGGCCGGGAGCCGCGGCGGUUCACGCGGGCGUCGGACCCGUGGUUCUACACCCGCGCCCGCGAGGUGCGCCGGCAGCUCGAGGGCGAGGGCGCGGCCGGGGCGCACGUCGUCGACUACGUCCCGCUGACGGACUACCUGUUCCGCUACGACCGGGGCGGCUUCUGGGUGGGCAAGUACUCGUUUGCGUACUUCUGCGUGCCCUUCAACCGGCUCACGCGGCGGCUGCUGGACGGCUUCAUGCGCGCGCGCGUCAUGUACCGCGCGGUGCACCGGUCGGGCCUCGCUGACGCCUACAUGGUGCAGGACGUCGGGGUGCCGUUUGCGCGCGCGGCCGAGUUCCAGGCCUGGCUCGACGGCGCCCUCGCCAUCUACCCGCUCUGGCUGUGCCCGCUGCGCGUGCGGCGCGACGACCGGGACGCCGGCCACGGGCUGCACUCGGGCUUCUGCGACCCGGACGCGCCGGACCUGGUCAACUUUGGCGUGUGGGGGCCGCUGCGGCGCUGCCCGCGGCGGAGGCAGGUCGUCGAGGCGAACCGCGCGCUGGAGACAAAGGUUCGCGAGCUGGCGGGCAAGAAGUGGCUCUACGCGCAUGCCUACUACACCGAGGACGAGUUCUGGGCGCACUACGACAGGGCCUCGCACGACGCGCUGAGGGCCAAGUACGCGGCCUCGUAUCUGCCGAGCGUCUACGACAAGGUCCGCGUCGACGUCGACGCCGAGGAGGCGGCGAGGCGGAGGAACUGGAGGACCAGGGCGCGCGGCCUGCUGGGGGACAUUUGGCCGCUGAGGGGGUUGAAGGGGUUCUGGGCCGCCGCUAGGGGAGGCGACUACCUGAUGGAGAGGAAGAAGAUGCCGGACACGGACGAGUAG